AACUUCCCAUUUGUCGGAUUCAUUUUAGCUUCGUGGCGUCUCGCUUCUUCUUCUUCUUCACCGCAACUACAAGCAAAGAGCCAAGAUGGCGGAGGACGAGAAGAGAGACAAAACCGAGCUGCAGAUGAUGAAGGAGCUCGUGGAUGAACUGUAUAAUUUCAGAGAUUGCUAUUUUGAGACUCACAGCGUGGAGGAAGCCGGGAGGAAACAAAGCGACGUCGCACGGGAGAUAGAAAAGACUUUGAAGAAGCUGGAGGAGAGAGAAGACAAUUUUCAAGACACGGCUGAGUUCCUGCUGCAGAAGGGCAGAUGUCUGAACGUAGCCCCCGACUUCAGCGCUGUGGCAGAAGUGUGCCUUUCCCGCGCCGUGAAGCUGGAGCCUGGCCUGGUGGACGGCUGGAACACGUUAGGGGAGCAGUACUGGAAGAAAGGAGACCUGAUCGGUGCCAAGAACUGCUUCACCGGAGCCCUGCAACAGAGCAAGAACAAAGUGUCCCUACGCAACCUGUCCAUGGUGCUGAGACAGCUGCCGGCGGCGGACAGCGACGCACACAGCAAGCAGGUGCUGGAGAGCGUGGACAUGGCACGGCAAGCCGUCCAGCUAGACGUCACAGACGGGACAUCCUGGUAUAUCCUGGGAAACGCCUACGUGUCUCUGUUCUUCACCUGCGGUCAGAAUCCACAGCUGUCUCAACAAGCUCUAAGUGCCUACGCACAGUCUGAGAAAGUGGAACGAGCUGCCUCCUGUUACCCGGAGCUGCAUUUCAACCGAUCCACUCUGUUCCAGUACGAGGAGAUGUUCGGGUCGGCGCUCGGUGGCUACAGCCGAGCCGCCGCGCUCGACCCGGGCUGGGAGGAGCCUCCGGAGAGGGAGAAACAGCUGCUGGAGUAUCUGAAGAAAGUCACCGAGCUCAUACAGAACAAGGGGAAGGUGAAGGCGCGGCGGUUGCGGACGAUGCUCUCUAACCUCAGCACGUCGGCGUUGGGUCCCUGCUCGUCCCCUCAGUUCCGCUCUCCGACAGGACGCGUCGGCAGCCUGGAGCCUCGGACUUUUACCUCCCUCACGCACGGUCUCAACUCCGGGGUGGCCGCCAUGGGCAAGGUGGUGUUCAGCCUGGCCUCGGAGGGUCGCAUGGCCUUUACAUUCGGCAUGGUGGACAGCGAGGAGGUGUGUAUAGUGGUGAUGGUGUACAACACAGCGGACAGCUGGGGCGUCCUGAUAGGAGACACUGUAGUCAUUCCUGAACCUCAGGUCAAACGAAACAGCAUAACGCAUAAAGACGAGUCGUUUGACUUCAGGAGUAUACGAGUGGACUCUCCUCUGCUCCUCAUCGUCAACGGCAAGAAACAAAACGUCCAAAGUCAGAUCGCCGCCUCCGUCAGCUACAAGCCGCAGAGCGAAUGAGCUCGAACAAGAAGCAAGAGGACCAAAUUUUUUAGUUUGUUUUGUUUUUUCCUGGAUUUGAAGAAGUGUUUGGGUGAUUGAGGAAGUGUGAAGUUUCCAAAGUCUGUGCCUGUUUUAUGUGUCGUCUUGUAAAUAGAUGUCACCCUGUUACUUUGUCGUAGAGAGACCGUUUGUUUAUAUUUAUAAAUAUUUCUUUUUUGUAUUCUCUUGUCGUGGAGAUGAAGUGGACUUUUUUUGGUAAAUGAACAUGCUGAUGAUGACGAUGACGAUGUGAUGUCAAAAUGUGUCUCAAGUUUACCCUGAAAAAAGAAAAUCCUUUUGUCUUAAUCACAUUUGUUUUUGUGUGGUGUCUCAAAAACAGCCGUGGCCAGCAGGGGGCUCCAAAGAUGUAGCAGCGGCAUCGCAUCCAUUUAACAACACACACAUUCGAACUGGUCACGCUCGCUGUCAACAUGCACGAUACCAGCACCCUGAGACUGAAGCAGCUACACUUUAGUUUACCGGCGGCUUCGGUUUGUUUGUCAUGCAG